AACUGCCCGCCGACGUAUAUAAAUAAAUCGGCAAUCAGGCGGAACGCGAAACCUCGCGCUGCCGAGGAGCGACGAAGGACAAAAUCAUCGCCAUGGGGGACGAGGAGUUGGGUUCCAGCUCUCGAGCAAUCGAUUCCUCCAACGUUGGCUUUCAGCUACUCAGGAAAUGCGGGUGGAAGGAGGGCACCGGUCUUGGUGCUUCCGAGCAGGGAAGGUUAGAACCUUUGCAAACUCAUGUGAAGAAAAAUAAGCGUGGUCUUGGUGCAGAGAAAAUAAAGGAAAAGAAGAAGCUUCCGGAGGAUCCUACUUCUAAGGAAAACUUGCAAUCAAAGAAAAAACAAAUGUCGGUCUCUAAAAGGAUUAAGAAGAUGCAGCAAGAAGAGGAGCAAAUGAAAGAGAAGGAAUUUGAACGAGCCUUCUUCAGAGAGUUCUGGCCAGAUAAUGUCUGAAUUCCGAAAUACUCAUCCUUUGCAUGCCAUUUCUUGCUGAGCUGGACCUAUGAGAACUAUGUACAGGAUGGCAGAAUUGGAACAGUUAAGCCUGCUUUGUGAUUCUGCCAAGUUGCCAUUCUGAAUGAAUCUGGCUGCAGGUCCCAUUUUGCACUUCUGCUGGGGCAAUUAAUAUCGCAUUUUUGGCCCUUGGAUCACUUCCAGCAGCUUUAGCUUGCUGCCUGACAUGUAACUGACUCUGCCCAUCUGUCAUGUCUGAAUUGUAUGUUUCACUAUAUAAUCAUGAGUAUGUUCCUUCUUGAGAAAAGUUUUAUGUUCGUUACUUUUUUGUUAAAAUUUUCAGUAAGAAUACAAAAUAUACCUGAAUUCCUACUAAA